CACGGCUCUCUCUGGUAACUGAAUAGCCAGUGUAAUCUGACACUUCAACUUGCCGUGCUCUACGGUAGUUGAUUCAGUCAGUCAGUCAGUCAGUCACACCGUCUUCGGGGUUCUCUCACAUCGUCUUUGUGAAGUGAAGAGAGCGAAGGAGCGGAGCGCCGUAAACACGCGGCGCGGAGGAACAAUACGCGGCUUUGCCACUGAGCUUCGAGCAGAAAAUCUCCUCUUAAGGAGAGGUCAGCAUCGGACCGCGCGGGAGAAUACAUGAAGGGCGGGGCGGGGAGGGGGUGCCAGCUGCAGCACAAGCGCCUCUGAGGUCACGCAGACUUGCUCUGUGAUUGAUGAAGUUUAAGAAGCUGAUUUUGCCCAACAGCAAACACAGGAGCCUCCUCAUCCGAAUCGAGUAAAAAACAAAAAAGACUUUUAAUGGAGUCCCGGUAGAGACAUCAAGAUGAACACGUUACCAUCAAUGGACCGGCAUAUCCAGCAGACCAACGACAGGCUGCAGUGCAUCAAACAGCACUUACAGAACCCGGCCAACUUCCACUCGGCUGCCACGGAGCUGCUCGACUGGUGUGGAGAUCCCCGGGCCUUCCAGCGACCUUUCGAGCAAAGUCUCAUGGGAUGUCUGACGGUGGUGAGCCGCGUUGCUGCUCAGCAGGGGUUCGACUUGGACCUGGGCUACAGGUUGCUUGCUGUGUGCGCUGCCAACCGGGACAAAUUCACUCCUAAGUCUGCAGAAACCAGCACCUGCAGGAGAUGUCAGAGUGAUUCAGCUCUGCUGUCGUCGUGGUGUGAGGAGCUGGGUCGUCUCCUCCUGCUGCGUCAUCAGAAGAACAGGCAGAACGAACCACAGGGAAAAGUUCCCAUGCAGCCCAGCAUGAACAGCAUGAAGCCUGGCCUCACACACAGUGAUGGAUCGUUUCCGUAUGAUUCUGUCCCUUGGCAACAGAACACCAACCAGCCCCCAGGUUCACUGUCUGUGGUUACAACAGUGUGGGGUGUGACUAAUACGUCACAAAGUCAGGUGCUGUGUAAUCCUAUGGCGAACAGCAACAACCACAUGAAUCCCGGGGGAAACCACAUGGGAUCGGGUAUGUCGGCCAGCGCAGCAGGGCUCAGUUCGCCUCAGUUCAGCACUCAGCAGCAGCAGUUCCCGAGCAAAGGAGGAUCCGGCCAGUCGUACAUACAGCAGGGCAUGUACGGCAGGCCUGGCUACCCCGGUGGUCCUGGGGGGUACAGUGGAAGUUACUCUGGAGGCCCCAACCCCCCUCCUGGCGGUAUGGGAAUGACAACCCACACACGCCCCCCUGGUGACUUCACUCCCCCUGCUGCUGCAGCUGCUGCUGCAGCUGUAGCUGCAGCUGCUGCCACAGCCACGGCCACAGCGACUGCCACAGUGGCUGCUCUGCAAGAAACUCAGAAUAAAGAGAUGAACCAGUACGGACAGAUGUGCCCGUCGUUCCAGAUGGGCCCUGCACCAGCCUACAACAGUCAGUUCAUGAACCAGCCGGGCCCCCGAGGGCCUCCUGGAGGUAUGAACCCAGCCGCCAUGGGCUCAGGCAUGAACAACCCCAACAUGAGUGGCCCUCCAAUAGGCAUGAGCCAGGCUCGAACACCAGGCAUGGGGCCUUUUGGAGGUCCCAGUCAGAGGAUGCCUCAGCAAGGUUACCCUGGUGGGCCACGACAAGGCAUUCCCAUGCAGGGGAUGAAGAGGCCGUAUCCUGGGGAGGGGAGUUACGGGGGUCAGCAGUAUGGGCCAAACAGCCAGUUCCAGCCUCAGCAGGGACAGUACUCCUCAUCAAAUCCCUCCAGGCCACUGCCUUCCCCUAACUACCCCAGCCAGCGGAUGCCAGUGCAGCAGGGUCAAGGACAGUACCCCCCUGGUAUGCCCAUGAGCCAGUACUACAAGCAAGAACCAUUCAAUGGUCAGAACACUAGCUUCACUGGUGGCGGAUACUCCUAUAACCAAGGCAGUGGGCCCCCGAGGCCUGGUAACUACCCGCACUCUCCAGUCCCUGGAAACCCAACACCUCCCAUGACCCCAGGAAGCAGUAUUCCCCCUUAUCUGUCGCCAAACCAGGACGUGAAGCCCCCCUUCCCACCCGACAUGAAACCAAAUAUGACAGCACUUCCGCCCCCUCCGGGCAACCCAAACGAGGAGCUGCGGCUGACAUUCCCAGUUAGGGACGGGGUGGUGCUGGAACCGUUCCGCCUGGAGCACAACCUGGCUGUCAGUAACCACGUCUUCCAUCUGCGACCCUCCGUCCACCAGACUCUCAUGUGGAGGUCAGAUCUUGAACUCCAGUUUAAGUGCUACCAUCAUGAAGACAGACAAAUGAACACCAACUGGCCGGCCUCCGUCCAGGUCAGCGUGAACGCCACGCCGCUCACCAUCGAGAGAGGCGACAACAAAACUUCCCACAAGCCACUGCACCUGAAGCACGUCUGCCAGCCGGGGAGGAACACCAUCCAGAUCACGGUCACCGCCUGCUGUUGUUCCCACCUGUUUGUGCUGCAGCUGGUCCACAGGCCAUCUGUGCGCUCCGUCCUCCAGGGGCUCUUGAAGAAGAGGCUCCUUCCUGCAGAACACUGCAUCACCAAGAUUAAGAGGAACUUCAGCAGCGUAGCGGCGUCGGCGGGCAACACCACUCUCAACGGAGAGGACGGCGUGGAGCAGACGGCCAUCAAAGUAUCGCUAAAAUGUCCCAUUACCUUUCGACGCAUCCAGCUCCCCGCGCGGGGCCACGACUGCAAACACGUGCAGUGCUUCGAUUUGGAGUCCUACUUGCAGCUCAACUGUGAGAGAGGGACAUGGAGGUGUCCUGUGUGCAAUAAAACAGCAUUAUUAGAAGGUCUGGAGGUUGACCAGUAUAUGUGGGGUAUUCUUAAUGCCAUCCAAAAUUCAGACUUUGAAGAGGUCACUAUAGACCCCACAUGUAGCUGGAGACCAGUUCCCGUCAAGUCUGAGCUGCACAUCAAGGAGGAUCCAGACGGACCGCUGGCGAAGCGCUUUAAGACUAUGAGUCCAAGUCAGAUGACCAUGCCCAACGUGAUGGAAAUGAUCGCUCAGUUGGGGCCCGGUCCAGGACAUGGACCCGGGCAGGGGCCAGGUCCGGGUCCAAGUUCCUACCCCCACCAUCCUGGACAGCAUCCCAGCGGAAACGGAGAUUACCCCGGAGCAGGCAACAACUACCACAAUCAAGGUAGCUUUGACUUUCCUAACGGGAACCCAUCCGUUGGCGGUGGCGUUGGAGGAGGAGGAGGUGGUCCUCCCAUGAAUGAUUUCAUCCACGGGCCACAGCUGUCCCAUCCACCUGAUGGACCCGGUGGUCUCCUCCCCCAGGACAAGCCGCUUAGCCACGGCAUGAACGAUGCGAUGUCCCAUUCAGAUCAGUCCCAUAACUCCAUGCAGCCGAGCAUGCAUGCGUCCCCGCACCCUGGCAGCCAAUCAGGGCCGCCCUUACAUCACAGCGGCCAGUCAGGGCAGCCCCUGCAUCACAGCGCCCAAUCAUCACAGCCACCUCGCCAGCCGCAGCCACAGCCGCAGCCGCAGCCUCAGCAGCAGCACCCUGGCCAGAACAGCCAUCCCCACGGCGACCUGAGCUUUAACCCCUCCUCAGACACGCAGAUGGCUCAGGGAGCUCAGGACAUGCCCGAACCCUCCCUGGAUCUGCUUCCAGAGCUAGCCAACCCGGAAGAGUUACUCUCCUACCUGGACCCCCCCGACCUUCCCUCCAACAGCAACGACGACCUACUCUCCCUUUUUGAGAACAACUAGCCCCUCCUCGCCCUCUUCCUGUGAACACUUGGAGCAGCUACCUGUUUUCACGCACGCGGACUUGCUCGAACUGUUUCCGUGUUGAAGACGGGCGUGCGGCACAGGAGCACGGCUGUGAAGGAAGCGGGACGUCAACACUCGAUCCCUGCACUCCCCCAUUUUUACUCGGCUUGUGUAAAGAUUCCACACACCAGUUCCACCUCCUCUGGCUCCACCAUUCGUAGCCAUGUUGGUGGGCACUAAAUUGAUAUAAAAAUAUUUAUAUAUUAUAUACACAUACAUUAUAUGUGUAUAUGAGCAUAUAUAUAUACAGUAUAUAUAUAUGUGACUUUUCAACUGAAAACUGUGCAGCUAUAAUCAUACAUGACAACACGGAGGAGACAGAAGCCUUGUGUUGUAGCUUUCUUUUCUUUUUUUUUUUUUAUAUAUAUAUAUAAUUUUCCUCUUGACACUAGAGGAGUCAGAGGGAAAGGCAUUGUGUUGUAAAAGUGUCUUUUUGAACCCAAACUAAAUUUGUUCUUCCAAAUCUUCUACACACACAACCCCAGACUUCCCAGUAUGUGUGUGUGACAGCUGAGUAACUCUUCUGACUCAGAGCACUGAUAUCUGUGUCUGCGGAGGAAGUGAGCGCAUGUUGUGCAGCGUUGCAUGUUUGUCUAUAUGCAGGUGCAUGUCAAUAAAUUAGGAUAUCAUUGAAAAGUUAAUUUAUUAAACUUCCCUAAUUGAAUUAAACUAGCUCAAUUCAAUUUAUACCAUUUAUUAGCUUCUAGUUAUUAUUGACAACAUAGGGCAAUUUCAUUUGCAGUGAAUUGUAGAAUAACAUUUGAAUGUAAAACAAAAUCACUUGUACCUAUGUUUGACCCAGUGCACUUACUAGCAUAAAAGUGAAAAAGAUAAACAGACCUUUUGUUAAAAGUAAUGUUAACUAGGUUUAAAUGUAGUUCUGAAAUACCGCAAAAGUAGCAAGCUACGCUAGGAUUAUCCUACAAGUUCUUUCUUGAUUUCUGUUCUUGUUUGUGUACGGACCAAAGCAAAGCCGUUUAUUUCAUAAAGAAAUGCAUAAACAUCUCACAUUACAUGGAAGCAUUAAACUCUGAGUAAAAUAUUUCAAACGUUUUGUGUUAAUUUUGAUGAUCAUGUCCUAUUGGUGAAUGAAAACCCAGAAUUUAGAAUCUUAGAAAACUAGAAUGUUACAUGAAACGAAAAAACUUGUUUUUGUAAUAAUAGACAUUUUAUAUUAUGGCCUACACAAUAAUACGGAAAGCUGCUGAUUUGACACCGUCAACAAUGGAGGUAAGUCAAAAUUGAAGAAUCUUGCUGUUCACUGAGUUCAGAAUCCAGGCAUUUAAAUGGAAAGUUGAGUGGAAGAAAAAAGUAUGCUGCCUACCAGUAUUUUUUUAAAGCACUUCACACUUCCCUGACAAGCUUCCUUUGCUGACAAGCUUUAUGGAGAUCUUGAUACAUUUCCUAAGCAGGACUUGGCAACUGCCAACAGUGUCAAAAGAACCGGUACCUGGUGUAGUGACCAUAGUACCACUACUAGGAAACUCACCUCAUCAAAUGUUGUGCUACGCAGGAAGAUGAGAGAGAAGAGUCAUCGAUGCAGAUGUAACCUGGGUUUUCUCAGCACUAUCAUUCUCACAAAUGCAGUAAUUCAUGCAACAAAAAGCCCAACAAGGUAUUGAGAGCAUACCGUACAUUACAUAAACAUAUUUUUAAUUUAUAACAUAUAAUAGAAUUUUCUGAGACUGUUGUGUAGCCUUUCAUCAACUGUAAGUCAUCAUUAUCAAAAUUAACAGAAAUAAAUCUCAGAAUCACAUUAGUUCGUGUACUGAAUUUAUAGGGUGAGUUUCCCUUUUAGCAUUACUGAAACAGGUCCACUUUUUGAUGGUUUUCUGAUUCAUUGAGAUGCACUUGAACACGUCCAGUUUUUUCUUUGCUUAUGAGUUUAUAUAAAAGGCAGAGAGUAGGAGAAAAAAGCAGCAGCUCAAAAGCAGAAGAGCGUUGGUGGCGUUAUUGUACCCCACGCCCCCGUGAUAAUUUGCCCUUCCUUGUCAAGUUUUGCACCAUUUUCAUCACAAGUGCAUGUGUGCCAACACUCCUUAUUGUCUUUGUCCAGCCCAAACGUGCUCAAGCGAUCAUGUCUUCAUUUGUGGGGCUUCAUUUUAAAUCUCAUGAUCUGAUGGUCUCGUUGUCCUUGUUAAUGUUUGAUAGUCACUGCUCAUUGUAAUUAAUCUGAUCCGACCUUUUUAAAUCGCCGUGUUGGAAAACACGGCGAAACAAAGGAAGACAAACAUGUGUAGGUGUACAUGAUUUCCUUUUGUCAUGUUUUAACCUUUAAACAGCAUACGUUUAGGUAAAAAAAAAAACAUUGUGCAUGAUGAUCCAGCAAACUUGUCGUGUGUAUUAUAUCCCCUUGUGACUGUACAGUGCUGUACCUAAAACUAUUAGUGGCUACGUCAUGGUACUGUGUGUCUGUCCAGGCCUGCACAUGCUCACACACACAUACACAAUCCCUGAUAACAACCUAAUAUUGUAAGAAAUCUAUCCCUAUGCACUGUCACUGGCCUUGUACUGAGUGUAUUGUGUAUUUUAACCCCAAACCUGUUACAAUGCAUCAGCAGAAAGAAUAUUUAAAACUAUCCUGCAGGCUAUUCUGAGGUAUUUUUCUUAUUUUUAUAUCCUAUAUGUAUGUAAAAUCAGAUCAGCUUUAAUUAAGCUUUGUGUUUCUUUCUAAAGGAUUGUUCAUGCAGCUUCACGGUCCAAAUUUGUCUGAAAAAAAUCUAUUUUCUUUACUGUCGUAACACGCGUGUCCUCUUUAUUUAAAGUGAGAAUGUGCAAAACGAGACCUGAUAACGAGCGUUUUAUCUCCACACUUAGCAGAAUUUGUGUAUUUUCAUCAUAUUUUCUAUUGUUUUAAAUUAUUCUUGUCCAGUGUCUUUUUUUGUUUUGUUUUUUCACGACCAGUCCGAUUUGGUUUAUGCAGUUGUAAUGCAGUAAAAAACUAUUUGUUUAGCAAAAAGAAGCUUCCCAAUUUCAGUUCAGAUCACCUUCCAGAAUCAAAUUGUGUUUUAAGACGAUGCACUGCCGCGUUGGGAGAUUUUACACCCCCUGCACAGUGUGUGAUGAUACAUAUAAGCUCCCACAGAAUCAUGUCUUGUAAUUUUGCGAUCCGAUUUGUAUUUUCUGAUGGCGGAUGUUGAAAAUGAAACAGAGGGAUCUCAAAGAGAGGAUGGCUGAUAUUGUAAAAUGAACUCUGAGGAGGAUUCUCCUUAGGGGGGGAUUUUUGGGCAGGGCUUGGGGAUGUAAGGGAUAUUUGUACAUAAUGUAAAUGACAAAAUAGAGACACAUUAACAGAAAUGUAUUCAUUUUUCUCCAGUGGGAGUGUGCAUAGUGUAUUUAGAAUUUGUAAAGCUUGCAUCCUCCUGUCAGACGUUGCAUUGGGAAAACCAGUCUGUGUUUGAUUGCCUCUGUGCAGACCUCUCUAACCACGCCUGUUCAAUGUAAGAUACUUAAUUCCACCUUCCUCACGGGAUUCAGGAACAGAAAAAAAGAGGGUUUUGCUUUGAGUAAUGUUAAACCUCUGUGUUUUUCACUCUUACCUGUGUACUUUUUAAAGGUGCUACGAAAUUAUUAAAGAAAAAAAAAAAGCUUUUGAGGUAUAACUGAGUCUCGGGUGGCUCCCGAGUGUGGCAUCCAAAAAUUUACAGUUUGUAGAAACAAAAAUUUUGUCAAAUUUGUAACUUUGGCAAAUGUGCUGUAAAGGUACAAUCUGAAGCGAUUGGCACAAGUGGCAAUUGUCUUAUUUGGUUUUUGUACAUUCUGUGUACAAUCAUUUCAUAUUCUAAACUGGUCAGAAGAACAUUGUGAUUUUUAGUCUUGCAAAUCUGUAUGUAGUUAGAUGAUGUGACAUCCUAAUAUUUAUCUAAUAAAUAUGUAUUCAGAUGAAACACACUAAA